GUAUGCGCUUGACAAAUGACCAGCCGGCCGCUUUUUACAUGAGGUGCGCACAAAGAAAAAUUAACUUGGGCCACACGGCCCCCCCCCCCCAAAAAAAAUAAUAAUGGGCUAGAAAUGGAAGAUGCUUGAUUAGUUCGGGGCUUGAUUGGUCAGCCUUGAAGAAAGAGGGAGAGUGACCUAAUUGGGAUGAGAGUUCAAGUCAAGUGAGCCGCCAGAUUGGACCUUUAAAGCUGCUGAAAAGAGGAAGGAGAAACAUACAGCCACGCUCCGGUGGUUCGGUUCGGAAUAGGAGGAGGAGUGGAGAGGGGGGCCCCACCGCCGCCUCCGACGCCGGGAUGGAGGGCACAAGUCGGGCCGAGACAAGAAGCUUCACCGGGAAGCCCGCCGUCUCACACCCGAGGAGCCUCCACCUGCCACGGGCUGUGAUCUUCCUCGUCGCGCUCACCAUGCAACCGCAGGCGGUGCGUACGGUGGGGAUGUUCGAGUUGCAGAUCCGUCAUUACCAGAACCCCAAUGGACUCCUGCUGAACGGAGACUGCUGCGACAUCCCGGUCGACGGCGGGGAGCGCUGCUCCUCUCGAGACCAGUGCGACACUUUUUUCCGAGCCUGCCUCAAGGAGUACCAGGCCCGCGUGGUCCCGACCGGAGCCUGCACCUUCGGCUCGGGCAGCACGAGGAUCCUGGGAGGAAAUUCCCAGUCGCUCCACCACCGCGGUCACGACGGAGGAGGAGCAGGAGGAGAUGAUGGGACUAAUGGACUCAUUGUCAUUCCCUUCAAAUACGCCUGGCCGAAGUCCUUCUCUUUGGUGCUGGAGGCUCAGGAUGAUGACAACAGCACAUCACAACCAGAUCAGCUGAUAGAGCGUGUUCUACUCUCAUCCAUGUUGAAUCCCGGAGAGCAGUGGCAGGCGUACCGCCACCACGGCCGCUACUUCAGCCUGGAGUAUCGCCUCCGCUUUCGCUGUGACUCCACCUACUUCGGGCCCUUCUGCAACAAGUUCUGCCGGGCCCGCGACGACUUCUUUGGGCACUUCAACUGCGACCCCACCGGUUCCAAGGUCUGCAUAGAAGGCUGGACGGGACCCGAGUGCAAAGAAGCGGUGUGCAGGCAAGGAUGUCACCAGGCCCACGGCUCUUGCACCGUACCUGGGGAAUGCACGUGUCACUAUGGCUGGACGGGGCCUCUGUGCGACCAGUGUGUGACGUUCCCCGGUUGUGUGUACGGGAGCUGCACUGAACCCUGGCAGUGUGUGUGCGAUGUCAACUGGGGAGGUCUGCUGUGUGACAAAGACCUGAACUAUUGUGGGACUCACCAGCCUUGUAAGAACGGUGGGACCUGCACCAACACAGAGCCCAACGAGUACCAGUGCGAGUGCCAGAAAGGUUUCAGGGGGCGCAACUGUGACAUUGUUGAACACGCAUGUGUGCUGUCGCCGUGCGUUAACGGCGCCACCUGCGUGGAGGACUCCACGGGCUUCAGCUGUGUCUGCGCCGAAGGCUGGACGGGGAAGACCUGCGCAGACGUGGUGAGGCAGUGCGACCGAAGCCCCUGCGGACGAGGAGCGACCUGUCAAGAGGCUCCGGGAGGUUACCGAUGCCUUUGCCCGUCUGGAUGGAGUGGCAGAACCUGCCAGCUGGACACCGAUGAGUGUGAAAUUAACAUAUGCCUGCACGCCCGCUCUUGCCGCAACCUGAUUGGUGGAUACCUGUGUGACUGUCUUCCUGGAUGGGCAGGGCCAAAUUGUGACAUCAGGAACAGCAGCUGCCAGGGCUUAUGCCUCAAUGGUGGACAUUGUGAGGACCAGAUGUCAGGAUCCAGAUGUUUGUGCCCACCUGGCUUCUCUGGGAAAUACUGCCAAAUCCACCCCGGCCCUUGCGCCAGCGCCCCCUGUCUGCACGGAGGGCGGUGUGCGGAGAAGGGUGAAAGCACCGCUGCCUGCGACUGCCCUUUGGGAUAUUCUGGAAUCUUCUGUGAGGUAGUGGUGGAUCUGUGUGACCCCAACCCCUGCUUGCAGGGGAUGCCCUGUCACAGCAUCGAUGGCAGGUACAUGUGUGCCUGUCCUGACGGUUACUAUGGCAACGAGUGCCUGAGCCUAAAGAAUCCUUGUUUUGGCCCACACUGUCCAGGUGCCAUGUCAGACUCAAAAGCCGGCAUCAGCUUCUACAUGGUCCUGUUGGGCGUCCUGGCUUUGGUGGUGAUAUGCGGCUGCGCUGCGUGCGCCUUUGUCCUCACCCACCUGCAGCACAAGCGGAAAGAGCAGCAGGCCGUCCCGCAGGAGGAAGCCAUCAACAACCACCGUGAGUAUGUCAACCUCAUCCGAAACCUGGACCGUCUUGUCCCUCCGCCCCUCCCGCCUCCCGCCGCCCCCCUGGUUCAGUCGCCAACCGGCACGGCCACUGCCACCGUCGCUGUUUCCCCGCACUGCUACGAGGAAAUCGAGCUGACUCUCCCUCCCUCUCCGGCCCCCUCACACUCGUCCGCUGGGCUGAAGCAGGCUCGUGCCCCAAAAAUGGACAUCUCCAACCGGGAGAGGGAGAAGCUGAAUCGUAUCCACUGCACAGACAACCAGGAAUUACAAGUGUGACCCUUCAAAUCUGAGGCUUAUAUUAUUCUGCAUACUUUGCACUCUCUUGUCACAGGGUCCCCGUUCGUUGUUUGGCCUAUCGUGUCUUUGAGACUCUCCAGAUGAUGUUGUGAGCUUGGACCUUAAAGCCGCAUUUCCACCUAAAGUUCCAGGAACUUUUAGUCCUUGGUACUUUUCUACCAUUUUCACAGAAGCCUGCGGUCCCUGGACGUAUAUCAGUGCAGUAUAUCUUAAUAAUCGGACGGUUUUUCAGCAUUUUCUCACCCUUACGAUCAAAGGCUUGAUUAUCAGAUGUUUAUAAAGGUUUACCCGGAGUGAUCAUCCUGUGGUGUGGGGUGUGCUAAGAGCGAUUUUUCCUCCUCACUCUAACCGGCCCGAAUUUGAGCAUUUGAGCACUCCCUUCCAAUAAAAGUAAUCAAAAUACUUCUUAUCGGAUGUCUCUAAUGUCCUGAGCAAUUAUCAUGUUGUCUGGGGUGUGUUAAGAGGGAUUUUUCCUCCCGAAUCUAAUCAGGCCGAAUUUGAGCAUUUUCACCCCUUUCCGAUCCAAAAAGUUCAAUAGCAAUUCCACCUACAUAAACGUUUGAAAGCAAACCAUUCUGAAAGAUUAAGAACAAAUGUAAUGUACUCAAAAGUUAAAUAUUACUGAACUCUACUUAAAAAUGUACUGUACUAGGUAAUUAAAAAAAAGCCACUGUAGCGUUAUGUACAGUUUGAACAUUUAAUUCAGUGAUUCUUUCAUGCACCACUAGAGGAGCCCACACAUCACUGCUCUAAAAAAUAAUCCAGAGUGAUAUGCUCGGUCAUGGCCGACAAUCGUAAACCUGUUAAAUAUUUACGAUGGCGUAUACUUAUGAGUGAAGUCAACCCGCGGCACGGUGGCCGACUGGUUAGAGCGUCAGCCUCACAGUUCUGAGGACCCGGGUUCAAUCCCCGGCCCCGCCUGUGUGGAGUUUGCAUGUUCUCCCCGUGCCUGCGUGGGUUUUCUCCGGGCACUCCGGUUUCCUCCCACAUCCCAAAAACAUGCAUAAAUUGGAGACUCUAAAUUGCCCGUAGGUGUGACUGUGAGUGUGACUGGUUGUUUGUUUGUAUGUGCCCUGCGACUGGCUGGCAACCAGUUCAGGGUGUACCCUGCCCGAUGACAGCUGGGAUAGGCUCCAGCACGCCCGCGACCCUAGUGAGGAGAAGCGGCUCAGAAAAUGGAUGGAUGGAUGAAGUCAUCCAUGGACUCCGUUAUUGUGACGUGAAACAAAACAGUUGUCAACAAGAAAGCUCGCUGUAGGACACAAAUAGAGGGGCGACUGGCUGUGUGAGUGUUUUUUAUAAUGUGUCUCAAAAGUCAUUCAACGCAAUAAAAAUGACAAGGAGAAGAAUUGCGACUGAAAUGUAGUUACCAGAGAAGCUAAAAGUUCACCUCGCUUCUGGUUUGAAGAAGGAGACUCAACGAUUGUCGGUGCGGACUUGGAUUUGUCAUCAUAAAUAUUGAACAGAUUUAGCAUGAAUGAUUAAGGAUAAUCGCUCAGAAUAAUCUUUUAGAGACACACGAUAAUCAGGCUUUUUCUAUCUUUGUUUGGAAGGAAAGAAAAAUGCUCAAAUUUGGAUACUUUACAGUGUUCAUGCUAUUCUCAUGGGAUAGGGACCAAGCGAACAUUGAAAAUCCGUGGCACUAAGAUGCUACAAGAUGGGGGGGAAAAGCACCACAUGAAGCUCCUGAACUUACUUCAACAUAGUUCCUUAACACCAAGAUGCAACAAGGUGGCACCAAAGCAAUAAUUAUAUUUGAGACAGAGCUCUGAGCUGAGCAAAAAAAAAAAAACACAAUAUAGGUGAGUUUUUCAGCGGCUAACGGACGAUAGGUUGCAAAACAAAAUUAGCGACCGCGUAGUGUAAGGGGCAACACUGUACCCCUCUUUAGUAGCGAGUAUGUGAACAGCUGUAGACAAGGUGGGAAAAAAAUGUGGCGAGUCGUCCUCAAUUCAGAUUUGUUGAGCACUGCAGACCCCACCCCAAAUGGUUCUUGAUCCUUUCGAGAGUACUACCCCCCUCCAGGCUCUUUUUACACACCAGAACCAAAUUCAGACAUGCAAUGGUCCUCCAAAAGUUCCAGGGUUAAAUUUCCUUUGGUGGAAGUGCGCCUUUUGUGACCUCAGAGUGCCUGAAAAAGUGUCAGUCACAAAAAUGUAGGCUAAGAUCUGAGUGGCCGAUCAAUGGCCAAAUGAAUGGAUGUUUAUUUAAAGUCCAACUGGGUGAAUGUGAGAUUAUUUAAAGCAACCAACGCAACUUCCUUCCCUUUCCAACACUUUUAACUGGACGUGGGAUUCCAUUUGGCCUGAGUUUGCGCAUGAAAGACUGUACAGUAUAUGAAAUAUGUAAGGACACAAACCUCUGAGUUGUGCUUUAAGGCCUCAUGAAAUGUUUUAAAAGUAAACACUGUUGCCUGUGUCGUCUCUGUGAUGCUACCUUUUUUCAUUUCACAUGUAAAAUAGUUUUUGUACAUAAAUAUAUUGUACAUAUUGAUGCCUCACUUUUUUUGUACCGUGGUUCAGUCUGAGAGUAUCACUCGUUGUUUUACUGACGUUCUCUAAUA